AUGGCUUGCCCUGCUCUCAUAUCCCCAAUUCGUCCGCUCUCAUAUCUGUCCUGGUCCGCGAUCUAUUACCAUCAUCAUCCUCUGCCUUCCGUCCCUUACAAGGUGCGCAACUAUAGGUCGGAGUUCCGCAUGGACAUCGCCGGGUGCUGCGACGACAUAUUUUGCAUCUUUGACAUGAACCAUAUCGGCAUCGGCAACAUCAUUUUGUGGAAUCCGGUGAUGUCAGAAAUCAAGUACUUGUCUCUUUCCCCAUGUCCCCAUCAUCUAAGCCUCGAGGCGUAUGACAGAGUAGAUGGACAGAGGAUUGAGUUUCACCUGGUAUGGCUUAACACAGUAGAGGAAUCCUAA